CGCCAGACGCCGGCGGGCGGCGCGGAGGAGGCGUGAGGCGGGCGGCGCGCACACGGGCGCGGACACCCGCCCGGCGCAGCCUGCCGGGACUCGCGGCUCUCGCACCCGCCGCCCGAGCAGCGGCAGCGGCAGCGGCACGGCGCAGGCGAGGCGGCGGCGCUCGCAGCCCCGGCCCCGAGAUGUCGGCGGUGCUGGUAAUCGCCGCCUGGUGCUUCCUGCAAGCGGAGAGCCGGCACCCGGAGACCGUCACGGGCACCGGCAACCGCGGCGAUUUCCUGGACAACGACAAAUGGCUGAGCACCGUCUCGCAGUACGAGAAGGACAAGUACUGGAACAAAUUCCGGGAUGAUGAUUAUUUCAGAAACUGGAAUCCAAACAAGCCUUUUGAUCAAGCCCUUGAUCCAUCCAAAGAUCCAUGCCUGAAGGUGAAGUGCAGCCCACAUAAGGUGUGCGUCACUCAUGACUAUGAAACGGCGAUUUGUAUAAGCCGCAAGCAGCUGGUACACAGCCUUCGACAAAAGAAAGGCAAUGUGGCUCAGAAGCACUGGACUGGACCAGCUAACAUAGUAAAGUGCAAGCCGUGCCCCGGGACGCACGCCAGCCCUGUCUGCGGUUCAGAUGGACACACGUACACCGCCAAGUGCAAGUUGGAGUUUCAUGCGUGUACUUCUGGCAAAGCCAUCACAGCCCGAUGUGAAGGGCCCUGCCCCUGCCUUCCGGGACCUGAAAAUCCAAAACACAAGACGGAGAAGGCUGCUUGCACAGACAAGGAAUUGAGGAGUCUCGCCUCGCGACUAAAAGACUGGUUCGGUGCUCUGCACGAGGAUGCAAAUCGCGUCAUCAAGCCAACCAGCUCGGAGACAGCACAAGGCAGAUUUGACACCAGCAUACUACCGAUCUGUAAGGAUUCCUUAGGCUGGAUGUUCAACAAGCUUGACAUGAACUACGACCUGCUGCUGGAUCCCUCGGAGAUCAGUGCCAUUUAUCUUGAUAAGUAUGAGCCAUGCGUUAAGCCUCUCUUCAACUCUUGCGACUCCUUCAAAGAUGGAAAGCUUUCCAACAACGAGUGGUGCUACUGCUUUCAGAAGCCGGGCGGUCUUCCUUGCCAGAAUGAAAUGAAUAGAAUUCAAAAGCUAAGUAGAGGGAAGAGUCUGUUGGGUGCUUUCAUCCCACGCUGCAACGAAGAAGGUUAUUACAAAGCAACUCAGUGCCAUGGCAGCACAGGGCAGUGCUGGUGCGUUGAUAAGUACGGGAAUGAGAUAGCCGGCUCCAGAAAACAAGGGACGGUUAGUUGCGAAGAAGAGCAAGAAACCUCAGGGGAUUUUGGCAGUGGUGGAUCUGUUGUAUUGUUGGAUGAUUUGGAAGAGGAACCUGAAGCAGCAAAAAAGGACAAAGAAGGGAAACUGAAGAUUCAUGUAAGAGCAGCGAAUGAAGAUGAUGAAGAUGAAGAUGAUGAUAAGGAUGAUGAAAUUGGUUAUAUAUGGUAGUGCCCAUCAUUCUGAGGACUCACGUUUUGCACAAUAUUGCAAGUCACAUCAUAUCUCUGCAAUUGUAUCUGAGAGUACCUGGCACAAAUAUUCCCUCUCUAUUCAGUUUGGUUUUGUAUAGUGUAUUUAAUUUUGAAGACAGCUUUUUUUUUUUUUCUUUCCAACCAGGACUGUUUGGAAUACAGUUUUGUUCAGUUGGUUUGGGGGAUUUUUGCUUUAUCCACAGGGGCAAUGAGUUUUGUUUCAAAAACAUUUCAUGUCUUAAUCCUCUCCUGCACAGCUCAUACCCUGCAAAGGAAGAAUCACAGAAGGGGCUCAGCAAACUGGUGGGAGGCUUAGGAGCCCGUCCCAUGUUAUCAGCCUUAGAGAACUUGUAUCAUAAUUGGUUACCUGGAUCAUAUCAGAAGCAGUUAUUUUUCUUUCAUGAAGAAGGAAAAGCAGGUGCCUCAUUUCAUAGUCUGUAUCUGUACCUAUUAGUAAAAAGUCAGAAGUUUAAACCAGAAGGGAGCCCAUUUACGGGCUUUUUUCCUUGCAUUCCCUGAAAAUGAGUCCAACAGGCUUAGUCCAGCCGUCCUGGCAGGCGGUGGCAAGACUCCUGCUAGGUGCCGGAGUUCAGGGCACGCCGCUGGCACUGCCUCGGUUUGUUAGGCGAUAGCAGGCUUGAUCUGGAGAGCUGCUGAGAGCCUGCAGCUGCCGUGGCUCCAGCCCCACAGCCAGGGAACAAAGUUCAUCUGCCUUCCAAUGUGUUUGCGGAAAGAGCGAUUUGCAAACCUCUGACAGCAUGGUCACCUCUAAACUAGCUGUUCCUCAGCUUGGGUCUCAACUCAUUUGCACUGCGAGUUGCACUGACGUGGUGCAGAGCUGCCCCUGCUUCCCGACCCCCACCCCGGUGCACCCGCCCGGCCCUCAUCCUUCCUUCAAAAGCCAUGAAGAUGUCGCUUCUUUAUUUUAAACAGCUAAUACUUAUUUGGCCUGUUUAAAAAAGCAAGUCGAGGUGGUCAUGUUUCAAAAGAAUAAUCCCCCUGCUCAGUACGACAAGUGCCACACUUCUAAUACGUACCUGUAAAAGAGGAGAAUAAUAUUAAAAUGCAAUUUGUGAUUCCCUCAGCAUCUCCUAACUCUAACGUAUUCCUAACUCUAUCACAGCACAUUGACACUAAAUUAUUUGUAAUGUCUUUUCCCCUUGCUGUUCUCUGAUGCAGGAAUGUACCAUGGUGACCUUUUGUUAUUUUUGCUGUUUUCAGUAACACGAAGAAGUGGGAAGAGCCAAGGAAAGGCCAAUGGAUGUACACAGGCAUGUUUUGGGGGAGAGAGGGGUUGUUUGUUCGUUUUUACUACAGAAAAACUUUUAGGAACAAAUUUACCCUCAAGCUAGAAAGAUUACUUCCAUUGAUGUCCAUGACUUACACCACAAACGUGUUUGAUUGAUCUGCUUUUGUAAAGGGAAAAAAGCCUUUCUGUGAUAGGUGGUUAAUAGGUAAUUUUGGGGGUUGCUGAACUUGCACGUUCAGCGCAGGUGGGCAGCUCUGCUCCCUGCAGCUCUGGCUGUCUCCUGAUUACGGGUUGGCAUUUAAUCCUUCGCCUUGAGCAGUCGGGUUGGGUAGAUGUGGCCGAGCACACCCAGCAGCCCCGAGCAGCUAGAUUCACCCAUUUGACUUGAUGUUAGGUGUGGCAGGAGAGGCCACGCUGACCGCUCUCGUUUGACUAAAGGCCCAAAUGCAUAAACUUUUCAGUACAGGCACUUGCAUGAGGAAGAGCUCCCAGGCUGUAAUGUGAAGGUUUCGGGAGCAGAAAGCAGGUGGGACCCCUCUUGCCAGUGCAGCAAAAGGAGCUCCUGUAGCUUUGGAGAUUUUUCUGGUACCUGAACUCCACCAUUGCCCUGGGAGGCAGAUGUGAGUGUCGUAGCAGUGCCUGUGAUUUGCCUGCGCUUUAUUUUUGCAGAAUGAAAAAAGUGCUUAUUACACAGCAAACUCAUCCGCGGGGAAAAGCUCUGCCUCUGGGUUACAGUGUUGGCUACGGAGGUGGAGGCGGCACGGAGCAAGAAGCAGGUGGCUCCCCUGGUCCACGGCAAGGGGGAGCAGGCAAAUCCCAUGUCGCUUGGAGGAGCCACUUUCCGGGGACCCCGGCGCAGGGGAUGGUCCUUGCCCUGUCCGCAGUCAGGGCUGAGCCGCUCCGAGCUCUGCAGCCCGUCUCGCCCGCCGUGCCGGACCUGGGCCUCCAGGCACGACCAGAAAAGCAAUGCAGAAAGGGAGAUGUUGGUUCGGGUGCUACAAGUUGCAGGGGCUCAGUUGCUUUCUCCUCUUUCAUUUCCUAUUUGUCUGGAUUAAUAACCUGAAAACAACAACCAAGCCUGCGUAAUUGUUAACGCAGCAGGACGUGUAAAAUGGUGAGGAAUUUGUUUUGUGUGCUGCUUUGCACCCUGUGCACACCCAAAAAGCUGCCCUCACAGCCACUUGUGAAAGGCUGGCCAUCCGCCCUGCUUCAGAUCAAAUCCCUUUGGUUUCCCUCCAGCUUCUGAAAAGCUUUUUAAAAAUCACUGUGAGCUACGCGGCGCACACACCCUCUUCCUGCUUGCUUUUCAUAGAAAAUUAUGCUGACUUGCAAAAGGAACAGGCACAACCAGCAUUUCAGUUUCCCGAAACACGACAUUUCUGGGGGGGAACAUGUCGAGCAGCACCAGUGGCUUGCUUCUCGCUGUCGUGGCUAGUUUCAUUCUGGCAUUUUAUUAAUUAAAACCUCAGUCUCUAGGUCUAUCACUGUGGUCCAGGGCAGGAUACAGCCCUGCGUGUGCGCACACACACACACAUGCACGCACACCCAAAACCACAGCUUGACAAGCUCAGCUAGGUUCAACUCCAUCAGUGGUUAAAGAGACAAGAAACGAGUCGGUCUGCCUGGAUGCAGAGCUCCUCCAGCUCAAUCCCCCUCCAUUGCUCACGCUUCUGCUGGGAGCUUUGUAAAGCAUUUAAUUUGCUUUCUGCUUAAUUUAAUGCCUUUUUUCUUUUUUUUUGCAAAAACAGGACUUCCCACCCACAUCAAAUCACUGACCUGCCAAACAUUUUCUCAUUGUGUAAAAAUGGAAACAGAGCUGUCCCAUUCUUUUAGAGACACAAACCAAUUUUUAAUGGCAUUUUCUUUUCAUAUGAGAGACUAUGAAAUACUGUUAGGCAUUGCUUUAUGUUUCAAGGUGUCCUUUUAACUGCUGUGGUUAAAUCAAAAUCUCCUUGAGUUCAGAUUUCAGCACAGUUGGGUUUUUGGGGUCAUUAAUGGCCUUCGCUGUGAAUACAAAGAAUACUUCUUUUCUUUGCCUUUUUUUAAGCUAUUCUGGACCAUUAUUUUAAGCCAUUUGAAGUGUUUAUUUAAUAUUUAUUCUACAGUUUAUAUUGAAAAUGUAAAGUUUAUAUUUAAAACUACACUGUUUGUUAGUGAAUGCUUCUCUCUGCCUCGCCAGCCUAGUCUGUAGUCUCAGUGUACAUUUCUGGCAUGGGAAUAUUUUGAUAUUAGAGGUUUUGUAGCAUUUUUCCCCUCCAGCAGCCAAUGACAUAGCUCUAAGGUCACCACUUGAUACGGACCACCGGAUCACGCAAGCUUCGCUCCCCACGUUUGUUGGCUUUUAUUGCAGUCCCUUCUGUACGCCACCCGAGUUCCUUGAAGACACAGACCGCUUUGUACAGUUACUAUACAUCCAAAAAAGUCCUUUCUACAGUAGGUGGGUUUUGGUCUUUUUAUACUUUUCUCAAUGCUGUUGAUGUUCAGUCCUGUUAAAUGUGUAGAGCUGUACGGAGAGAUCCAGAUAUUCCGUGUUUCAGUUUGAUGUCCCUACUGUAGCUGGAUGUAGACUAUCAUAGUGAGUAGACCUGCAUAGUAAAUUCUGAAUGCUUUUUCCAUAAGGAGUUAACUGGAAUGUGAACAUUUUGCUAUCUUCGGUUAACUGUAAAGGCUUAAUUGUAGUCUGAAAUAGUUGCAUUUUUGUCUGUCUCAAUAAAUUUUAAUUUGUCUGCGA